AUGUAUUACGAACUAUUUGCUAUUGCCCGUAUCACGGAUCCACUACACGUUACUAAAGAAGCCACCAAGAUUGCGUCUACAGUGGGGAAAUUAAUAUUAAACAAUAGAGGUAUAAUCAGAGACAUAACGAGUCUUGGUGCCAAACCAUUGCCCAAGAUUAUAUCAAAAGAACAAGAAAGACAUUUCCAAGGCUAUCAUUUUCUUAUGGGAUUCGAUUCAUCGAGUAAAGUGCAAGCUCAAUUGUUGAGAACAUUGAGAAAAGAUCCUAGAAUAUUGCGUGCCAGUAUAAUCAAGCACGAUUUGAGAAAGAGUUUGAAUCCAGGUACAUCGAUAGAUCAAACUUUAGGAGUAAACUGA